AUGGCGUUCACAUCUUUCUUUGCUUUCGUCAUACUCGCCGCGGUCGCCUCCGCUGCUCCUGCCAACCAAGCUGGCGUAUGCCCCGACGGCACCCACGUAUCGAACAAGGCGUGUUGCGCUUUCAUUCCUCUCGCGCAAGAUCUUCAGCAAACCGUCUUCCAGAAUGAGUGUGGCGAAGAUGCUCACGAGGUCAUCCGCUUGACUUUCCACGAUGCGAUUGCCAUUUCCCAGAGGCAAGGUCCUAAGGCUGGUGGAGGCGCGGACGGUUCAAUGUUGCUUUUCCCUCGCGUUGAGCCUGAGUUCCACGCCAACGACGGUAUUGACGACUCCGUCAACAACCUUAUCCCUUUCCUCGCCAAGCACCCGGUCAGCGCUGGUGACCUCGUUCAAUUCGCCGGCGCGGUCGCGCUCAGCAACUGCCCCGGUGCCCCGCGCCUCGAGUUCUUGGCCGGUCGACCGAACCACACCAUUCCUGCGGUUGAUGGCCUCAUUCCCGAACCACAGGACAGCGUCGACAAAAUACUCGCACGCUUUGAGGACGCCGGCAAUUUCUCGCCAUUCGAGGUCGUCUCACUCCUCUCUUCGCAUUCCGUCGCCCGCGCGGACAAGGUGGACACCACGAUCGACGCAGCUCCGUUUGAUUCCACGCCCUUCACCUUCGACACCCAGAUCUUCCUCGAGGUGCUCUUGAAGGGCGUAGACUUCCCCGGGACAAACAAUAACACGGGCGAAGUCUCCUCCCCUCUCUCCAAGCACUCGGGCAACGAUACAGGGGAGCUGCGCCUUCAGUCCGACUUCUUGCUUGCGCGUGACCCGCGCACUGCCUGCUUCUGGCAAGGCUUCGUGAACGAGCAAGACUUCAUGAGCAGCUCUUUCAGAGCGGCCAUGGCUAAGCUCGCCGUCCUCGGUCACAACCGCAACGACCUCAUCGACUGCUCCGAGGUCGUUCCCGUCCCCAAGCCCGCCGUAAAGAAGCCCGCGACGUUCCCUGCCACGAAGACCAGGAAUGAUCUCGACAAGUUGACCUGUAACAAGCCCUUCCCUGCCUUAGGCACCGACCCUGGCCCCACUGAGACGCUCAUCCCUCAUUGCCCGGACGGUGGCCAGUUCUGCCCCUCCGUGCAGUUCGACGGUCCGGCCACGGGCUCGUCAUCUUGA